AGAAUUCAGUGUCAUUUCAGAUUUCUUACUUAACCGUUGAGUGCAGAGUGUCAAAUAAUUUUAUUGAAUAAACACAAAAACAAUGAGUUCUCCAAUGUUAUUAAAGCUUUGUGCAGUCUUCUGUUUAUUGAUGAUUGGAACACUUGCGGAUGUCUCCCAUUUAGCAAACAACAAUGUCAACAGCAAUGACUUGCUUGUGACAGACACUUGCUUGGGUUGCAUCUGCGAAGCAAGUUCGGGGUGCGAUAGAAACCUCAAAUGUAAUGGUGAUGUUUGUGGAAUGUUCCGAAUCACAUGGGCUUAUUGGUCAGAUAGUGGUAAACCAACACAACAAGGAGAAUCUGUUGAUAGUGAAACCGAAUGUCUUGAAUAUGCUUUAUCAAAGCCACAAUCAGGUUAA